UAAAUACAUUCGGGUGUUCGCCGUGCCCGGUCUAAAAUUCCUAUGAAGUAGGAAUUAUCUCGAAACUCGAUUGGAAAGGCCACAAGUGUGUUGUGUUGUGAAAUAUGUGUGAACUGUGCACGCAAAGAUAAUUUGGAUGACUUUUUCCGCUUUGUUAUGCAUUUCCCGAUGGUCUCAACAACUAACUGAGUGAUAAGUAAGAAAACAAAAUGGCGGAAGCGGAAGGAGGAGCAAGCGAGCAGGAUGAUGUUUCAUUCCUGCGAACGGAGGACAUGGUCUGUCUCUCGUGCACGGCUACGGGAGAAAGGGUGUGCCUGGCUGCAGAGGGGUUCGGAAACCGGCACUGCUUCUUGGAGAACAUCGCUGAUAAAAAUAUCCCACCGGAUCUAUCACAGUGCGUCUUUGUUAUUGAACAGGCCUUGUCAGUACGAGCUCUCCAGGAAUUAGUCACAGCGGCUGGCUCAGAGACCGGCAAAGAAACCUUAGGUAAAGGCACAGGUUCCGGUCACAGAACAUUGCUUUACGGCAAUGCUAUCUUGCUACGUCAUCUGAACAGUGACAUGUACUUGGCGUGUCUAUCCACGUCAUCAUCACAAGACAAGUUGGCGUUUGAUGUCGGUUUACAAGAGCAUUCUCAAGGUGAAGCAUGCUGGUGGACACUGCAUCCUGCCAGCAAACAAAGGUCUGAGGGUGAGAAGGUGCGAGUCGGUGAUGAUCUGAUCUUAGUGUCGGUUGCUACUGAGAGAUAUUUGCAUACAACCAAAGAGAACGAAGUUUCAAUAGUAAACGCCUCAUUCCACGUCACACACUGGUCAGUACAGCCUUAUGGCACUGGAAUUUCCCGUAUGAAGUACGUGGGUUAUGUCUUUGGAGGUGACGUGCUAAGGUUCUUCCAUGGCGGUGAUGAAUGCCUCACGAUACCCAGUACAUGGAACAAAGAUGGGGGGCUAAAUAUCGUGGUAUAUGAAGGUGGUUCAGUAAUGUCUCAAGCUCGCUCUUUAUGGCGAUUGGAGUUGGCGCGUACUAAAUGGGCUGGUGGUUUUAUAAAUUGGUACCACCCCAUGAGGAUAAGACACAUUACCACGGGCCGCUAUUUGGGAGUCAACGAUCAGAACGAGCUGUAUUUGGUUAGCAGAGAGGAAGCUACAACAGCAUCAUGUGCUUUCUGCCUCCGACAAGAGAAGGAUGACCAGAAAGUGGUUUUGGAAGACAAAGACUUAGAGGUCAUCGGGGCUCCCAUCAUCAAGUAUGGAGACUCCACUGUCAUUGUACAGCAUUCUGAAACCGGAUUGUGGUUAUCUUAUAAGUCUUACGAAACGAAGAAAAAGGGCUUAGGUAAAGUAGAAGAGAAACAAGCGAUACUCCACGAGGAAGGCAAGAUGGAUGAUGGUUUGGACUUCUCUCGGUCCCAAGAAGAGGAGUCUAGAACCGCCAGGGUGAUUAGGAAGUGUUCUUCACUCUUCACGAAGUUCAUUAAUGGCCUUGAGACAUUACAAGAGAACAGACGUCACUCUAUGUUCUUCGCGUCUGUGAAUCUUGGAGAAAUGGUUAUGUGUCUUGAGGAUUUGAUUAAUUACUUCGCACAACCUGAAGAGGAUAUGGAACACGAAGAAAAACAAAAUAGAUUCCGAGCCCUCCGAAACCGCCAAGAUCUAUUCCAAGAGGAAGGAAUAUUAAACCUUAUUUUAGAAGCCAUAGACAAGAUAAACGUGAUUACGUCACAGGGCUUCCUUGCCGGCUUUUUGGCGGGAGACGAAUCGGGACAGAGUUGGGAUAUGAUAUCUGUGUAUUUGUAUCAACUUUUAGCUGCGAUAAUCAAAGGCAACCACACAAACUGUGCCCAAUUCGCAAACUCGAACCGCUUGAACUGGUUAUUCUCCCGUCUGGGCUCGCAGGCAUCUGGAGAGGGAACUGGGAUGCUGGAUGUACUGCAUUGUGUGCUUAUUGACUCGCCUGAAGCGUUGAAUAUGAUGCGAGAUGAGCACAUCAAAGUAAUCAUCUCGCUUUUAGAGAAACACGGCCGCGAUCCGAAAGUAUUGGACGUGUUGUGUUCGCUUUGUGUGGGUAAUGGAGUAGCUGUCAGGUCGUCGCAGAAUAACAUUUGUGACUAUUUACUACCAGGGAAGAACUUGCUACUCCAGACUGCUUUAGUGGAUCAUGUGUCAAGUGUGCGACCAAAUAUUUUUGUGGGUCGUGUAGAAGGUUCUGCCGUAUACCAAAAAUGGUAUUUCGAAGUCACCAUGGACCAUAUUGAGAAGACCACACACAUGAUGCCGCAUUUGAGGAUUGGAUGGGCAAAUACAACGGGUUACGUACCUUACCCCGGCGGCGGUGAAAAGUGGGGUGGUAAUGGGGUCGGUGACGAUCUUUAUUCCUUUGGGUUUGAUGGGGCUUACCUGUGGUCUGGUGGGCGGAAGACUCAAGUCAACAAGACUCAUGCUGAGGAGCCCUUUAUCAGGAAAGGUGACGUCAUUGGCUGUGCUUUGGACCUCACAGUCCCGAUCAUCAACUUCAUGUUCAACGGAGUGAGAGUCACGGGUUCCUUCACGAAUUUCAACCUGGAAGGAAUGUUCUUCCCUGUCAUGAGUUGUUCUAGCAAGUUGAGUUGCCGUUUUCUCAUGGGAGGGGAACACGGUAGGCUAAGAUACGCGGCCCCCGAAGGAUACUCCCCAUUGGUAGAAUCUCUCUUACCGCAGCAGAUAUUGAACCUGGAGCCAUGCUUCUACUUUGGCAACUUGGCUAAACGCGCUCUGGCUGGUCCGCCCUUGGUACAGGAUGACACUGCUUUUGUGCCUACACCUGUUGAUACUGCCUCUAUUACACUGUCGUCAUAUAUCGAACAAAUUCGGGACAAACUUGCGGAAAAUAUACACGAAAUGUGGGCCAUGAAUAAGAUUGAAGCAGGUUGGAUGUACGGAGACCAAAGAGAUGAUUUGCAUAAAGUACAUCCUUGUCUGGUCCCCUUCGAGCGUCUUCCGGCUGCUGAAAAGCGAUACGAUAUCCAGUUAGCAGUUCAAACUCUUAAGACUAUAUUGGCCCUGGGUUACUAUAUAAGUUUGGAUAAACCACCGGCUCGUAUCCGUAACGUCAGAUUGCCCAACGAACCAUUUAUGCAGUCGAACGGCUACAAGCCAGCUCCAUUGGACCUAAGCGCAGUGACCCUUACUCCUAAGAUGGACGAAUUAGUGGACCAAUUAGCAGAGAACACUCACAAUUUAUGGGCGAGGGAGCGGAUACAACAAGGGUGGACUUAUGGCCUUAAUGAGGAUCCCGAUAUGAAUCGUUCACCCCAUUUAGUGCCGUAUCCAAAAGUUGACGACGCAAUUAAAAAAGCUAACAGAGAUACCGCGUCUGAGACCGUAAGGACUCUACUAGUUUAUGGAUACAACUUGGAUCCACCAACGGGAGAACAACACGAAGCAUUACUUGCUGAAGCCUCAAGACAAAAGCAAGCAGAAUUUAGAACAUACAGAGCCGAGAAGAAUUACGCUGUUAGUUCUGGAAAAUGGUACUUUGAAUUCGAAAUACUUACUGCUGGACCAAUGAGGGUUGGUUGGGCCCAUGCUGAUAUGCCUCCAGGUAUGAUGUUGGGGCAAGACGAAAAUUCCUGGGCAUUCGACGGAUAUAAUUCGUUAAAAUGGCACGGCGGUUCAAGCGACACGUUUGGACAGCAGCUCAAAGUAGGCGAUAUUGUCGCCUGUUUCUUAGAUGUACCAGAUCAAACAAUUAGUUUUUCGCUAAAUGGUGAAUUGUUGAUGGACGCGCUUGGUGGUGAGACAACAUUUGCAGAUGUCCAAGGUGAUAACUUCGUGCCAGCCUGUACCCUUGGAGUCGGUCAAAAAGCUAGGUUAUCAUAUGGUCAAGAUGUGAACUCUCUAAAGUACUUCACAACCUGUGGUCUCCAAGAGGGUUACGAACCUUUCUGUGUCAACAUGAACCGUGAUGUAACACAUUGGUAUACAAAAGAUCAGCCGAUAUUUGAGAACACAGAUGAAAUGAUCGACACGAGGAUCGAUGUUACCAGGAUUCCAGCUGGCUCUGACACGCCGCCAUGCUUAAAAAUAUCGCACAACACAUUUGAGACGAUGGAAAAGGCGAAUUGGGAGUUCCUCAGGCUGUCGCUACCUGUUAUAUGCCAUGCUGAGUUUAUUGAUGAAUCGGAAAAAGCUCGCCGUUGGGUGGAGAUCAAGGAUCGUCAGCAGAUUCUGAUGAAGGAAGCGGUUGAAGCUCAAAUGCCGGCGCAUAUCGACCAAAUAAUGAGAAGUGGCUUCACCAUGAACGAUAUUAAAGGUCUCCACUACGAUGAGAAUCAAGAAGACGUAAAAAUCAAGAGGCAGCCCUCACGUCCACCCCGCAAAGGGUCUAUCACACGCAACGUCACAAUACAGAAUUACAAUUUACAACCAGGUCAAAACGGAAUGAACCGGUCGACAAGUGAAGCGGAAAUGUCAAAAUAUGAACUCGGGGUACAGAGUCUGCCUGAAGAUACCAAGAAAGAUAAGAGAGGAAGGUCGCCAUUCAAGUUCUUUAGAAGUAAAAGAGGAGAGAGUGGGGAUAGAGGUAAAUCGAGGAAGUCGAAAACCCCUGAUCCCUACACAGAUACUGAAGUGUCCCCAGAUAGGGCUCGGCGACCCAAUCCACAAAUCAGAGUAUCACAGGCCAAUCAGAGGUAUAACAUUCAAAAUAGAAAUAAUGGGGCCAAUAUGUACGACAGUCAAGGCGCUUUAAACACAAACUUGACAGUGCCAACACCAACACAAGAUCGUAAGCAAAUGACAACCGCUACACUCGACAAGUCUGCGACAGAAACGAUCGGGAAUGAAAUAUUCGAUGCUGACUGUUUGAAACUUAUCAAUGAAUACUUUUACGGUGUCAGAAUUUUCCCCGGUCAGGAUCCCACUCACGUGUAUAUAGGAUGGGUGACCACUCAAUAUCAUUUGCACUCCAAGGACUUUAAUCAGAAUAAAGUCACCAAGUCUUCAGUUAUCAUCACAGACGAUUAUGAUAGGGUGAUUGAGAGUGUAAACCGCCAGUCGUGUUAUAUGGUGCGAGCUGAUGAAUUGUACAAUGAAGUGAUGGCGGAAGCAACAGCAAAAGGAGCUUCCCAGGGAAUGUUCAUUGGUUGUUCUGUUGAUACGUCGACUGGUACUGUAUCCUUCACGUGUGAGGGAAAAGAUACCAGCAUUAAGUUUAAGAUGGAACCAGAAACAAAACUCUUCCCGGCGAUAUUCGUUGAGGCCACAUCAAAGGAAAUCCUGCAAAUAGAGCUGGGUCGGUCCUCUACUAGUCUUCCACUUAGUGCUGCAGUGCUGCCAACUAGCGACAAACACGUGAACCCACAAUUCCCACCGAGGCUUAAAGUGCAGUGCUUGAAACCGCAUCAAUGGGCUAGAGUACCGAACCAAUUCCUUCAAGUUCACGCUCUGAAGUUGUCUGACAUUCGUGGUUGGUCCAUGCUCUGUGAAGACGCUGUAUCCAUGUUGGCUUUACAUAUUCCAGAGGAGGACCGUUGCAUAGACAUCUUAGAGUUGAUAGAGAUGGACAAACUUCUAAGCUUCCACGCCCACACUCUCACAUUAUAUGCCGCUCUCUGUUACCAAAGCAAUUACAGGGCCGCACACGCUUUGUGUCAACACGUCGAUCAGAAACAACUGCUUUACGCGAUCCGAUCUCAGUACAUGUCGGGACCUCUACGGCAAGGUUUCUACGAUUUGCUCAUCGCCUUACAUUUGGAGUCUCAUGCCACUACUAUGGAAGCGUGUAAGAACGAAUUUGUGAUACCUUUGGGACCAGAACUGAAGUCGUUGUACGAGGAUCGGGAGAUGUGUCACAGCCUUCGAUCUUUGCAGACUGAGAGUGUUCGGCCCCAUAUGAACAUGACUAAUAUUGCAGAAAACAUAUCGGACAUAAGCAACCUCUACUCCCCCUACUUCCCCCUCGAAGUGGUCCGGGAAUUCGUCAUGCAGGCUUUGGCUGAAGCCGUGGAGACCAACCAAGUACACAACAGAGAUCCUACUGGCGGAAGCAAUGAGAAUCUUUUCUUGCCCUUAAUAAAGCUGGUGGAUCGCUUACUUUUAGUGGGAAUGAUGAGAGAUGAAGAUGUUGAGAAACUUCUCAUAAUGAUCAACCCUGAGACUUGGGAUCCGACGUUUGAUAAAGAGGGCAAAGAUGAGCAUAGAAAGGGCCUUCUCCACAUGAAAAUGGCGGAAGGUGCGAAACUCCAAAUGUGCUACUUACUUCAACACCUCAACGACAUUCAGUUAAGACACAGAGUUGAGUCAAUUAUUGCGUUUGCGCAUGAUUUUGUUGGAGAACUUCAAACUGAUCAGUUGAGACGUUACACAGAAAUCAAACAGUCAGAUCUGCCCAGUGCGGUUGCUGCUAAGAAGACGAGAGAAUUCCGUUGUCCGCCGAGAGAACAGAUGAAUGCUAUUCUAAGUUUUAAGCACUUAGAAGAUGAAGAUCCGGAAAACUGUCCAUGUGGUGAAGAGCUCAUCGCGAGAAUGAAUGAGUUCCACGAUGCUCUCAUGUCACACGUGUCUUUGAGUGCUUUGCAAGAACCGGAUGGUGAUCAAUCGAAUGAGCCGGAAGUAAAACCAGGUGCAUUUGGUAAACUUUACAACAUCAUCAACACUGUGAAGGAGUUAGAAGACGAAGCCAAGGCCCUCGAAGAAGAAAAGAAGAAGACUCCAGAAGAGAAGUUCCGUAAAGUUUUGAUUCAGACAAUCGUCAACUGGGCUGAGGAGUCGCAAAUCGAAACGCCCAAACUGGUUAGGGAAAUGUUCAGUCUUCUGGUCCGUCAAUACGAUGCGGUGGGAGAACUAAUCCGAGCGCUUGAGAAAACAUAUGUAAUCAAUGCGAAAACCAAACUAGACGUAGCUGAAAUGUGGGUCGGACUGAGUCAGAUCAGAGCCUUAUUGCCCGUUCAAAUGAGUCAGGAGGAAGAGGAACUUAUGAGAAAGAGAUUGUGGAAACUCGUCAACAAUCACACUUUCUUCCAACAUCCGGAUCUAAUCAGAGUGUUACGUGUACACGAGAACGUGAUGGCCGUAAUGAUGAACACGCUAGGCCGACGUGCGCAGGCGCAAUCUGACGCCCCUGCAACUUCACCGCCAACUCCUGAGGACAAGGAAAAGGACACUUCUCACGAAAUGGUGGUCGCAUGCUGUCGUUUCCUCUGCUACUUCUGUCGCACGGGCAGACAGAACCAGAAAGCCAUGUUCGACCAUUUCGACUUCCUUCUCGAGAACUCCAACAUUCUGCUCGCUAGGCCAUCUUUAAGAGGAUCCACUCCGCUAGAUGUCGCGUAUUCGAGUCUCAUGGAAAAUACUGAGCUGGCCCUUGCUUUGAGAGAACACUAUUUGGAGAAGAUAGCGGUGUACUUGUCUCGUUGUGGUCUUCAAAGUAACUCUGAACUGAUAGAGAAAGGUUACCCAGACUUGGGUUGGGAUCCAGUGGAGGGAGAACGUUAUCUGGAUUUCCUAAGAUUCUGUGUUUGGGUCAACGGUGAAAGCGUAGAAGAAAAUGCAAAUCUUGUUAUUCGUCUUCUCAUCAGAAGACCGGAAUGUCUGGGUCCAGCGUUGAGAGGUGAAGGCGAAGGUCUUUUAAAGGCUAUAGUAGACGCUAAUAAGAUGAGUGAAAGGAUCGCAGAUAGAAGGAAAUUAAGGGAUUUAGAGCAAGAGGGAGAUAUCAGUUUCAGCCACCCGUUACCCGAGUCAGACGACGAUGAAGAUUACAUAGACACAGGCGCCGCCAUUUUGAACUUCUACUGUACUCUCGUGGACUUGUUGGGACGCUGUGCACCCGAUGCAGGUGUUAUCGCACUGGGUAAAAACGAAUCCCUACGUGCCCGAGCCAUCUUAAGAUCCCUGGUCCCAUUGGAGGACCUCCAAGGCGUACUCAGUUUGAGAUUCACUCUCAACAACCCGGCUGCUGGCGAAGAGAGACCUAAAUCUGACAUGCCAUCCGGUUUAAUACCAGGACAUAAGCAGAGUGUAGGACUUUUCCUGGAACGAGUAUAUGGAAUUGAAACGCAGGAGCUAUUCUAUCGACUUCUGGAAGAGGCCUUCCUUCCUGAUCUUAGAGCUGCUACUAUGUUAGACAGGAACGACGGUUGCGAGUCAGACAUGGCUUUAUCAAUGAACAGAUACAUCGGCAACUCCAUACUCCCGUUGCUUAUCAAACAUGCUAACUUCUACAACGAGGCUGAAAACUACGCUAGUUUGCUUGAUGCUACACUUCAUACUGUGUAUAGAUUAUCAAAGAACCGUAUGCUGACAAAGGGUCAGCGUGAGGCCGUGUCAGACUUUUUAGUUGCUCUGACAUCCGCCAUGCAGCCUUCCAUGUUACUCAAGCUUUUGAGGAAACUUACAGUUGACGUCUCCCGAUUGUCUGAAUAUACUACUGUGGCUUUAAGGCUUUUAACAUUACACUACGAGCGAUGUGCAAAGUACUAUGGCAGUACCAGCGGUCAAGGCUCCUACGGAUCCUCGUCUGAUGAAGAAAAGAGACUCACAAUGAUGCUCUUCUCGAACAUCUUCGACUCUCUCAGCAAGAUGGACUACGAGCCAGAGUUGUUUGGAAAAGCUCUGCCUUGCUUGAUUGCUAUUGGUUGCGCUCUCCCUCCUGACUAUUCGCUCUCAAAGAACUAUGAUGACGAGUUCUAUGGCAAGGAAUCUCAGGCUGCAGGCGCAGACAAUCCGCAGUACGACCCUCAGCCCAUCAAUACCUCAUCGGUGGCUCUCAAUAACGACCUUAACACAAUCGUUCAGAAGUUCUCCGAACAUUACCACGAUGCUUGGGCGUCAAGAAAAAUCGAAAAUGGUUGGGUCUACGGUGAAAACUGGUCUGAUAGCCAAAAGACGCACCCACGCUUGAAACCCUACAACAUGCUGAAUGAUUACGAGAAAGAACGUUACAAGGAGCCCGUUCGUGAAUCCCUCAAGGCUCUUCUUGCUAUUGGCUGGUCGGUAGAACAUUCGGAAGUGGAUAUACCCAGCAACAAUAGGAGUUCCAUGAGACGACAGUCUAAGAGUGGCAUUGACUCAGCAACGCCCUUCAACUACAACCCACAUCCAGUGGAUAUGACCAAUCUGACUCUGUCAAGAGAGAUGCAGAACAUGGCUGAGAGGUUAGCUGAUAACGCGCACGACAUCUGGGCGAAGAAGAAGAAAGAAGAACUUGUUACCAAUGGAGGUGGUAUUCAUCCGCAACUUGUUCCUUACGAUCUCUUAACCGACAAGGAGAAGAAAAAAGACCGCGAAAGGUCUCAAGAAUUCCUCAAAUACCUUCAAUACCAGGGUUACAAACUACACAGACCCAGCAAGGCGUCCCAAAUUGACACGGAACAGACCACUACGGGUGUCGCAAUAGAGCUCAGAUUCGCGUAUUCCUUGUUGGAGAAACUGAUCCAGUACAUCGACCGCGCGACGAUUAAUAUGAAGCUCCUAAAACCGUCUACUACUUUCAGUAGACGAUCCAGCUUUAAGACAAGCACGAGGGAUAUUAAGUUCUUCUCUAAGGUUGUACUACCUUUGAUGGAGAAGUACUUCUCAACACAUCGUAACUACUUCAUAGCAGUUGCCACAGCGACUAACAAUGUUGGUGCAGCGAGUUUGAAAGAGAAGGAAAUGGUGGCUGCUUUGUUCUGUAAAUUGGCCAGUCUAUUACGAUCUAGGUUAGCAGCGUUCGGCCCGGAUGUACGUAUAACCGUCCGUUGUCUACAAGUCCUUGUGAAGGGCAUUGAUGCUAAAUCCUUGGUGAAGAACUGUCCGGAAUUCAUCAGGACCUCCAUGUUGACAUUCUUCAAUAAUCUCGCUGACGAUUUGGGGCAUACUAUAUUCAACUUACAAGAGGGUAAAUAUGCACAUCUCCGAGGUACCCACCUCAAGACAUCGACAUCUUUGGGCUACAUCAAUGGAGUGACGCUACCAAUAUUGACAGCGAUGUUCGAUCAUCUAGCUAACUGCGAAUAUGGAGCGGAUUUGUUGCUUGACGAGAUUCAAGUAGCGUCUUAUAAAAUGUUGGGCUCGCUAUACACGUUGGGAACGGAUGUAACACUGACACACGACAGAAAAUACCUUAAGACGGAAAUCGAGAGACACAAACCUGCAUUGGGUUCAUGCCUCGGCGCAUUUAGUUCAACAUUCCCGGUGGCCUUCCUGGAGCCGCAUCUCAACAAGCACAACCAAUUCUCGUUACUCAACCGUAUUGCUGAUCAUUCAUUGGAAGCUCAAGACAUAAUGGCGAAAAUGGAACAAUCAAUGCCAACUCUAGAAACAAUUCUGAACGAAGUCGAUCACUUCGUGGAAUCAGACAAGACGUAUAAUGAAGCACCUCAUAUCAUUGAUGUGGUACUGCCUUUGCUGUGCUCGUAUUUGCCUUUCUGGUGGGCGCAGGGACCAGAUAAUGUAACUCCGACGGGCGGCAACCACGUCACCAUGGUAACCGCAGAGCACAUGAACCAGCUCCUGAAGAACGUCCUAAAGCUGAUUAAGAAGAAUAUUGGCAAUGAAAGCGCACCCUGGAUGACCCGUAUUGCAACGUAUACGCAACAGAUUAUAAUAAACUCAUCUGAGGAAUUGUUGAGAGAGUCGUUCCUUCCAUUGGCAGAACGUGUGCGGAAGAGGACGGAUAAUAUGUUCCAUAAAGAGGAGAGCUUGCGAGGUUUUAUUAAAUCAUCAACAGACGACACAUCGCAAGUAGAGUCGCAGAUACAAGAAGACUGGCAGCUAUUAGUAAGGGACAUCUACUCCUUCUACCCCCUUCUCAUCAAAUACGUGGAUUUGCAAAGGAAUCACUGGCUCAGGAAUAAUGUACCAGAGGCCGAAGAACUCUACAACCAUGUUGCAGAAAUAUUCAACAUUUGGUCCAAGAGCCAGUACUUCCUCAAGGAGGAGCAAAACUUCAUAUCAGCUAACGAAAUCGACAACAUGGUGUUGAUAAUGCCUACUGCGACUAGAAGAGUGACCACCGUUGUGGAUGGAACUCAACAGGGUGGUGGAAAGAAAAAGAAAAAGCAUCGCGAUAAGAAGAGAGACAAAGACAAGGAAGUUCAAGCCUCUUUAAUGGUGGCCUGUCUGAAGAGACUUCUACCGGUUGGUCUGAACCUCUUUGCGGGUAGAGAACAAGAGUUGGUGCAGCAUUGCAAGGACAGGUUUUUGAAGAAAAUGUCAGAACAAGAUGUGGCAGAAUUCGCGAAGACGCAGCUAACAUUGCCGGACAAAAUUGACCCGGCGGAUGAAAUGUCCUGGCAACAUUAUUUGUACAGCAAGCUCGGGUCCAAGAGUAAGACAGCGAUCACCGUAGAAACUUCAGAAAAUAAAGCCAAGAUAAUAGAUGACACCGUGGAGAGGAUUGUGGCUAUGAGUAAAGUGUUGUUUGGCCUGCAUAUGAUCGACCAUCCCCAACAAAUGAGUAAGAACGUUUAUCGUUCUGUUGUCUCCAUACAACGUAAACGCGCAGUCAUCGCCUGUUUCCGGCAAACUUCACUUCAUUCCUUGCCAAGGCACAGGGCAUGUAAUAUCUUCGCUAGAACUUAUUAUGAACUUUGGUUAGAAGAAGAGAAUAUCGGACAAGAAGUCAUGAUCGAAGAUUUAACGCAAACGUUUGAAGAUGCUGAAUUAAAGAAGAGUGAUGUUGUGGAAGAAGAGGGGAAACCGGAUCCCCUUACUCAACUCGUUACAACUUUCUGUCGCGGGGCUAUGACUGAGCGCUCCGGGGCUUUACAGGAGGAUCCCCUAUAUAUGUCUUACGCGCACAUUAUCGCAAAGUCCUGUGGAGAGGAAGAAGAAGAAGGGGGAGAAGAGGAGGAGGGGGGAGGGGAACCCGAAGGAGAAGACGAGGGAAAGUCCAGUAUUCAUGAACAAGAAAUGGAAAAGCAGAAGUUGUUAUUCCAUCAAGCGCGUUUAGCAAACCGAGGAGUAGCCGAAAUGGUCCUACUACACAUAUCCGCUUCAAAGGGCGUUCCCAGUGACAUGGUGAUGAAGACGUUGCAAUUGGGAAUAUCAAUUUUGAGAGGGGGCAACAUUGACAUACAGAUGGGUAUGCUGAAUCACCUCAAAGAUAAGAAGGAUGUGGGCUUCUUCACAUCAAUAGCUGGACUCAUGAAUUCCUGUUCUGUUCUUGACUUGGAUGCCUUCGAACGGAACACUAAAGCUGAAGGGCUGGGUGUAGGCUUAGAGGGCGCGGCGGGUGAGAAAAAUAUGCACGAUGCAGAAUUUACAUGCGCCCUCUUUAGGUUCAUACAACUUACCUGUGAAGGACACAACUUGGAGUGGCAGAACUACCUUCGAACUCAGGCUGGUAACACUACUACUGUGAACGUGGUUAUAUGCACAGUAGAUUAUCUACUAAGGCUGCAGGAGUCUAUCAUGGACUUCUACUGGCAUUACUCUAGCAAGGAACUAAUAGACCCAGCAGGAAAGGCGAAUUUCUUCAAAGCUAUUGGCGUGGCUUCACAAGUCUUUAACACCCUCACUGAAGUCAUUCAAGGACCUUGUACGCAAAAUCAGCAAGCGUUAGCUCAUUCCAGGUUAUGGGACGCAGUCGGUGGUUUUCUUUUCCUUUUCUCUCAUAUGCAAGAUAAGUUGUCCAAGCAUUCUUCCCAAGUAGACCUGCUGAAAGAACUGCUAAAUCUUCAGAAAGACAUGAUCACCAUGAUGCUGUCUAUGCUGGAGGGGAACGUUGUUAAUGGAACAAUUGGUAAACAGAUGGUGGACACUCUAGUAGAGUCGGCAUCUAACGUGGAACUGAUUCUAAAAUACUUUGAUAUGUUCCUGAAGCUGAAAGAUCUGACAUCAAGCGCUAGUUUCAAAGAGAUUGACGCUAAUAAUGAUGGCUGGGUUCUGCCAAAGGACUUUAAGGAGAAGAUGGAACAGCAGAAGAGUUAUAGUCCGGAAGAGAUAGAGUUCCUUCUGGCUUGUUGCGAGACAAACCACGACGGUAAACUCGACUAUAUCGGCUUCUGCGAUCGAUUCCACGAGCCUGCCAAAGAAAUUGGAUUCAACUUGGCCGUACUUCUUACUAACCUAUCAGAACACAUGCCAAAUGAACCCAGGCUUGCUCGUUUCCUGGAAACGGCCGGAUCAGUUCUGAAUUACUUCGAGCCUUUCCUUGGAAGAAUUGAGAUAAUGGGUGGUUCUAAACGCAUAGAGCGGGUUUACUUCGAAAUCAAGGAAUCCAACAUUGAACAGUGGGAGAAACCGCAGAUUAAGGAAUCGAAGCGUGCGUUCUUCUACAGCAUAGUGACAGAAGGCGGUGACAAGGAGAAGUUGGAGGCGUUCGUCAAUUUCUGUGAAGAUGCCAUCUUUGAGAUGACUCAUGCUUCGGGAUUGAUGGCUGCUUCAGAGGAAUCCGCAAGUGGACCAAAGAAUCGAGAGGCUGCGUAUACUUACUUGGGAGAUGAUGAUGAUGAACGAGCCGGCAAAGACCCAUUCCGUCGUGGCUACCAAUCAGUUAAAGAUGCGAUAGCUGCAACAUUUUCGUUCUUAUCGCCCUCCAACAUAAAGGCCAAAAUCGCGGACAUGCAACAAAUGCCACCUGCGGAACUCGUGGUUGGCUUCCUGAAACUCUUCUUCUAUCUGUUCUACUAUAUUGGAUAUGGAUUUGUUGUUGUUAUAAGGUAUAUAUUCGGCGUAUUACUCGGCUUGAUGCGUGGACCUCAUGUAGAGGAACCUCCCCCUCCAGAGCCUACUGAGGAGGAGAAAAUCGGUCAGUUUAAACACAGAUUGAUCACACAAAGUCCGUCUCGCCACCUACCCGCAUUGCCUGCGGCAGAUGAUACAGGACAAAUGCAAGUUUCUGCUUUCGGUCUAGAUAUUACUAAAGAGGAUAAUGGCCAGAUACAAGUUAAGCCACACGAGUCACCGACCACUUCGACGCCAUCUUCAGGUGAGGAGGCAGAAGUGUCCCUAGACGAGAGUAUUGAACAUACUGAGGAACAACAACCGCCUUCACUCAUCGAUUUGCUCGGUGGGGAACAAGCAAAGAAACAGGCCCAAGAACGUGUUGAAGCUCAGGCAGCGCAACAAGCUGCUAUGUCCGCCAUUGAAGCUGAAAGCAAAAAGGCAGUACAAGUUCCCGCUCCGUCGGCCCUGUCCCAAGUAGACCUCUCCCAGUACACGAAGCGUGCCGUAUCCUUCCUCGCGAGAAACUUCUACAACCUGAAGUACGUCGCUCUGGUGCUCGCCUUCUGCAUCAACUUUGUGUUGCUCUUCUAUAAGGUGUCGAUCCCGGAUAGUGAUAAAGAAGGUUCUGGUAUCGGAGACAUCAUCAGUGGAUCUGGAUCAGGCCAAGGUUCGGGAAGUGGAGAGGGCAGCGGUGAAAGUGAGGACGAUGAUAGCCUAGAAGUGGUGCGGAUAGACGAAGACUUCUUCUAUAUGGAACACGUUAUCAAGAUGGCUGCUGCUCUUCACUCUAUCGUAUCGCUUGCUAUUCUCAUUGGAUAUUAUCAUCUGAAGGUGCCUCUUGCCAUAUUCAAACGUGAAAAGGACAUCGCUCGUCGCCUGGAGUUUGACGGUCUCUACAUCGCUGAACAACCGGAAGAUGACGACCUCAAGAGCCAUUGGGACAAACUUGUUAUUUCUGCCAAAUCAUUCCCGGUGAACUAUUGGGACAAGUUUAUAAAGAAGAAAGUCCGGGCCAAGUAUUCUGAGACCUACGACUUUGACUCCAUAUCCAACAUGUUGGGAAUGGAAAAGACUUCUUUCUCGGCCCAAGAAGAUGAAGGCAAUAAAGGACUAUGGAACUACAUCGUUAACAUCGACUGGCGCUACCAAGUGUGGAAGGCGGGUGUCACUAUCACAGACAACUCGUUCCUCUACUCCCUCUGGUACUUCAGUUUCUCCGUGAUGGGCAAUUUCAACAACUUCUUCUUUGCCGCCCAUUUGCUGGAUGUCGCCGUCGGUUUCAAGACGCUAAGAACCAUUCUACAGUCCGUCACGCAUAAUGGAAAACAGUUGGUGUUAACUGUGAUGCUGUUAACAAUCAUAGUAUACAUCUACACGGUGAUAGCGUUCAACUUCUUCCGCAAAUUCUACGUUCAAGAAGAGGAUGACGAAAUCAACAGGAAUUGCCAUGACAUGCUUUCUUGCUUCGUGUUCAACCUAUACAAAGGCGUACGUGCAGGAGGAGGUAUCGGGGACGAGCUCGAACCUCCUGAUGGAGACGAUUCGGAGGUGUACCGCAUCAUCUUCGACAUAUCUUUCUUCUUCUUCGUCAUCAUUAUCCUGCUGGCUAUCCUUCAGGGUUUGAUCAUUGAUGCGUUCGGAGAGCUCCGUGACCAACUGGAGUCAGUCAAAGAAGACAUGGAGUCCAACUGCUUCAUUUGUGGCAUCAAUAAGGACUACUUUGAUAAGGUGCCGCACGGUUUCGACACACACGUGCAACGGGAGCACAAUCUCGCAAAUUACAUGUUCUUCUUGAUGCAUCUCAUCAACAAACCCGACACUGAAUAUACAGGUCAAGAAACAUUCGUAUGGAACAUGUACACGCAAAGAUGCUGGGACUUCUUCCCAGUGGGAGAUUGCUUCCGGAAACAGUAUGAAGACGUCAUGGGAGAAUAGUGAUGUCUCCCUCAAUCCUACCGACAUCGUAUUGUCAUCUGUCAAUAGCCACGAUAAUGGCUUCCAAGCCGAUGCUCAAUAACACCAAUUGUAAAUUUAAAGCAAUAUUGUUUUAAGGAAAGUUAAGUGUUAAGACAUUUUUCCUUUUUAGAGAAAUUUGAUAAUCGGAAGUUAAUAUGUAAUAAGAUUAAAAAGGAAUUAUUUUAAUCAUUCACGUUUUCUAUUAAAUGGUGGCCUUUCCAAGUAUGUAAUGUUUUCUAUUUUAACUUUUUCGAUAUAGUUUAUGUAAGAAUAUAACGUGCGUUGAAUAAAAUUAAUUUAUUCUGAA